AUGGAUGGAACGCUCAUCGGAAACAAACAUAUCGUAGCCGUGUCUGUAAACUGUAUAGAAGGAGGAAGAGCCUGUCAAAGAGCAAAAGUUCUUGUACCUGUCGGACUGUUGGAGGUACAAGAAGAGUCUACAGAAAUAUUGCGCAAAACUUUACCCAGAGAAUUUUUAGACAGCAUCAGAAAUGUUAAGCAAAUUCGUUUAAAUGGAAAAGAUGUAGAUAUCAAAGUUAAGCUAGGAGGAGAUUUUAUGAAUGCCGUUUAUGUGUUUGGUUUAGCAGGAGUUAGUUCUAACUAUCCUUGUGUCUUUUGUACUCAACAUAAAGAUCAUCUUCACGUGACUGAGCCGGGACAGCUUGUGAGAGAACAGUAUUUCACAGGAACCAGGAAAAAAAAAGAAGCAAGAGAACGUCUAGUUCCAGUUGAUCCCACUUCGUACCAUGAUAUUAGUAGAAAAGCCAGAAAUCUGGUGGAAUUAGAAGACUGUUUGAAGAGUGACAAAAAAAAUGAUCUCGGCAUUUCAUCAGCGGCAAAAACAGCUGUAGACAAAUUUAAAGAUCGUUUAAAAGUCCUGAAGGAGGAAAAAAGCAAACGAAAAAAGGUUUUGGAAGUGCUCUCAAAAGAAUUUGUCAACGGAUUAACUGAGUCAGGGCUUAGAUCAAAAAUCACCCCUUACAUGCAUAUUAUCGGAAAUCAUCUAUUUCAAUUCGAUGAGCUAGAAGACUUAGGUGCAUUUGAUAUGCAAGGCGUAGAGAAAGGAAAUGAUUUAUUGUCUCGUCUUUAUUUUUCAUCGAGCAAUCCAGCAAAAACACCUCUAAAGACAAUGAUGCUUCAUCUUUAUCGCUUGUUAGAAAUGAAUUUUGAAAACCCUCGCGAAAGAGACGCUAUAGCCCGUUUUGCUGAGACGAAAGUCUACGACCUUGAUGAGAACGAGGUGUUCUUCAGCUCCGAUGACUUACAGGAUCAAUUUGACAGAAAUUCUUUAUACAUGCAGUCAGAUCUCGCCGAAUCUAGUGAAACGGAAAACCCUGAAGAGCCUGGUGAUAUUGAGGAUAAUUUCUCAGAGGAACAAGAGAUAGGUUGCUCCCUAAAAUAUUCUUAUGUAAUACCAAAACGAACAGAAAAACGGUUUAAAAGCUUUCGCAGCACGCAAACUCAAUCUCAUGAUUGA